CGGUCGCUGCGAGGACGCUUAGGGGAGAAGGGCGGGGCCGCGGCUUGAGAAGAGGGAGCUGGAAGGCGGCGGUGGUGGUGGUAGAACACAGGAGGCGGGGCUUGUAGAGAGUUCGACCAAUCACUGCUGGCGUUGGAGGAAAGCGCCGGUCCCUUUUGGCUUUUCCGAUUUCUACAGUUGGGGAUUUAGAGAGAAGGCGAGAAGUCGCUUUGAGUGUCUCAUUGGGGAAAACUAAGUGUGGGCGGAGGUUACGGCUGUGCUUUGCUCUGCGGAGGGACUGGCAGGGCAGGAUGGGGGCGCUGCUGAGCGCCUGGAGGAGACGCGUGGGUGGAAUCUUUGACCAACUGCUCAGUUACAGGUGUUGGUGAAAUUAAAGUGGAAACCUCCCUUUUCUCUCUCUCUGUCUCGAGGCUGCAAAUUGAUCGCUGUGCAUGUUGUUCAUAAUUGCUUCCGCGAACUGUUGGACAAAAUCCGGCAGCUCAGCUCCAUUCUGAUUAAAGUUGACAAACGCCCCGCAUGCUCUGCUCUUUCCUUUCGCGCUUUCCCAGUGGUGGAAGAGGGUUGCCCCGGCCGGUCGCUCCCUCCCUGAUGCCGUUUGGAGUAAAGCUUGCACAGUGCUGCUGGAAGAAACAUGACGAAGCCUGGGAGAAGGAAACCCAAGGGCCCGGAGAUGGAGGAUACCCUCUGUUGCUGCGAGUACCUCGAUCGGAAGGGGGAGAGGAGCCACCUGGCGGCGUGUCUCUGUGACUGCGAGGACCUUGACGAGUGCUGUGAAAGGUGGCUCACGUGCAGAUCUUUGCCCCCAGGAACUUUGGAGAGAAUUGCAGAUACGUUCGUGGACCGCUUCCGUAUUCCUUGGCUUAGGGGGGCUGUCAAGAUUGAUAUCAGCCUCCUUCCACCAAUCAUCCUGCUGCCAAUCUUUCUCCACGUAGCAGCCUUGCACUUCUUCUUGGCUCUUAUCAUCCUGAUAUCGCUUCCUGUACUGGUGCUGUGGUAUUACUAUCUCACACACAGGAAGAAGGGUCGGACUCUCUUCUUCCUAAGUCUAGGGCUUUUUUCCCUAGGCUACAUGUACUACGUAUUCCUCCAGGAAGUGGUUCCCCGAGGCCAUGUGGAGCACAGGCAGGUGAUUCUUCUCACCUGUGGCUUAAUCCUUAUGCUUGUGGCCCUGUCUCGAGCCAAGAGAGACCCUGGCUACCUUCUCUGUCAAACAAGCAAUGACAAAGUGCUUUGCCAAGGGAACAACAACAACAAUGCAUCUAACGGGAAUGGCCUGGGGAGCUCCAGUGGGCUCUGCAGAGCAACUGUAACCAGCGUUGCUGUGAGCAAUAACAAUGAAGGCUAUUCCAGGAUGUUGAAAGAAGGGCCAGGUGGGGUUGCAGAGGACUGGUGUACCAAAUGCCAGCUGGUUAGGCCAGCCCGGGCUGGGCACUGCCGAAUAUGUGGCAGGUGUGUGAAGAGACUGGAUCACCAUUGUGUCUGGAUUAACAGCUGUGUUGGGGAACAGAACCACCAAGCAUUUGUCCUCGCACUCUCCCUUUUUCUGCUGACGGCAGUGUAUGGGAUUUCUUUGACUUUGGACACCAUCUGUAGGGGGGAAGCCACCAUCAAGGCACUAUUCUACUGCCCUGGUGUUUAUGCUGACUACAGUUCUGCCCUAUCGUUCACCUGUGUGUGGUAUUGUGCCAUUGUCACCUCUGGCAUGGGCUACAUCCUCUUCAUCCAGCUUUUGAACAUCAGCUACAACGUGACUGAGAGGGAAGCUCGGAUUGCCUUGCGGGAGAACACCGGGCGCAGAUUGCUAUGGGGGAUGGUGGUUGACACAGGCCAAUACAGUCACGGCUUCCUGCGCAAUUGGGUCCACUUCUUGACCUUGCACUCGCCCACUCUGCAGCGCUCCACUGAAGACAUUGAAAGCUGAAAGGAUUACCUCAUGAGUGUCUUAGAAGGAAAUGUCAACAUGGAAAGGCCAUUCAAUAUGGCUACAGAUAGGCUCACUCAGGGGUUUUAGAGAUUUCUUGAAUGUUGUUGCAGCAAAUAUGGAAGGUAAUGCCACUUAGGUUAUAUACUGAAGGUGAGUCACUUGAUAUUUUUUAUUCACAAGGAUAUCAUUUUUAGUUUUAAGCUGUUCAAGCAAUCAUGUUUUGAGCCUGACAUCUGGACAUAGCUUCAUUGUACAGAAAAGUCAAAACCAUCUCAUAAUGGUGGAAAAUGAAAAAUCCUGGAUCUUGAUUAGAACUCAUCUGUAUUCUAAAAAGUAGAAUUAAGACUUGGAUGAAACCAGAGACACUGACCUAGUAAAACAUUUUUCUUCGCUCUGGUUCCAGUAUAGUCUAGGUGGAUUUUUUCACUGUAACUUUGAAACUUUAAAGAUCUUAACAUUCUGUAAUAUUCUCUCUUAAAAAUAUGUUGCAUGUAGCACAGUGAAUGUCAGUAAACAGAUCCUGAUGAAGUUUUAAGGGGCCAGAUUUCCUGGGAUGCGAGCAUUGCUGUGUCAAAGUCAAUGCAAUGCAAUACUAUGCAAUACCAAAUUCCUGCUGUGACCACAUCUGUAGAGUGAGAAGCACAGGAAUAAACUGGCUGCUUUUCCACAGUCAUGCAUUUGUACUUGUCAGACAUAUUGUAGGAAGUGUAAAAUGACUAUACUUGGAUAGCGACACCUUUUAAAAGGGUUGAGUUUAAAAACAAAACUCUUCUCAAUGGGCCAAUGGCAUUUCAGCCUCAUUGUUUUAAUGGUGCCUUUCGUUUCAAAGUAGAUAGCUUUCAAGUGUCUUAAACUAAUUUGCUGAGAGUGUUUUCUCUAGAGCAAGUAAUAACUGCCUCACUGUCUAGUGUUCUGUGACUUUUGAUCUCAAUAUGAAUGUAUUUUGCCUCUACAGGGCAGGAUGGUGCAAUUAUGGAUGUUUUCUCUUAUCAUAUUUUAAGUGACAUUAUCUUUUCCCAGAAGACUUGAUUACACUGCUGGGCUCUACCGUACAGUAAAGGACUUGAAUUCUUUCAAGAAACAGGGAAUUUGCCUUCUCAGCAGUACAUGUUUCAGAGAUUUUGCCAACUGAAAAAUGUAGGAAAAGAACAGAAUUGCUUCUAACUUGAUUCCACCCUCACCCCAAGUAAUUUGAAGCUUGACUGUGGAACACUUUAUCUGCACGUUUUAUUGAGCAGUGCAGUGGUAUUGUUUUGUUAUGUACCCAGCAUUUUAGAUGGGUGCAGUUAAAGCUAAAUAAAAAUCUGAAAAAUU